AUGACGCAGACGGAGGAGGAAACCCGACUGCUAGGUGAGCGGAGCAGGAACUUGCCAGCACCGCAACACAACGCACGCGAAACAGGAAAUGAGGCACCGUCAAGGUGUGGAGAAGCUCUCUCCAGCAGCGAGCGCAAGUCGCUCGUUUUCUUGCAGAUGAACACGCCGCUGAGUAUCCUAUUUUGCAUCAUGGCCGCUGUCUUUGGCGCGCUGGUCGUGCCCUCCGUUGAGAAAGCAUUCCGCAUCCAUGAGACAUACUUUACACCGUCUCCUAAAAUGUUCUUCUUAUACUUGGUCGCCAUGUAUGUGUCGCAAAUCGGCUUCUGCUCCCUUUCCAUAUUUUCCCCCAGCGCACACACAAAACGAAUGAUUGUGAGAAGCACUGGCUCCCGACUGGCGCUGGAAAACUACCUUCUUUCUCUCUGGUUUGUAUUGCGUAUUCUUGAUACAAUUUGGACAACGGCGCUUGCAUUCUACGUUCUUGCCGUGAUUGCGAUCUUGGCCAUCGUCAACGACGUCAAGCUCUACUUUCAAUACCCGAGUCAAUGGUCGCACCCGCUUGAGAUGUUAUUUGUGCAUGUCCCCAAUAAACUUAUGACUGUCCUAAUUACACACCAGCUCUUUUGGCAGCAGUUGUUCAUGGCGUUUGGAUGGACCAGGUCCCAAUAUGUUGACAAUGUGCAGCCUUCACUGUGGCUUGCGGUGGUAGUCACUGCGCUUAUGGGUAUCCUAGUGGCAGUUUGGGUGGGGUUUACGGGGGAUAUCGGCGUAUACCUCGCCACCAUGUUCCUUGACAUAAGUGUUUUCAGCUUUUACAAAAUGCCCGUGAUCGGACCGCGAUCUAGGCCGUUUGUAUUAACAGUGUUCAUGUUGAUUUCGAUGACUUUGCGCACAAUUGCACUCCUAGUUCCGGGGUUGAUCUCGCAUGGCUUUGUCGUCGUGUGUCACGGCCAUCGUGGGGGUCCCAUCGUGGAUCUCGGUGCAGAGAACGUCCAUGACGAUGCACCUGCUCCAGUCGAACCAAAUGCUUCAGACGUGCCGGCACAGAUCGUUGUGCAAAAUCCCGAUGUUCCGAAGAGAACGGCCCGCUCGUACGGAACGCUGGGCGAAGAUCCCUACGCCUGA